UAGCUGGGAAUCGCUUUGGCAGUCAAAAAGAAAAACGACGGUCGCCUCUUUCUUCUUUCGCCACAGACGAUAAUGAUAACGAAAAAAUCGUAAAACAGCAACCGUGCCGAGUGUUUCCGACCACACCAAACGGGAAACAGGAUCUAAAAUUCAUUUCACACUCUGUACGCUGUUAGUUUGCCGCCUCGUAGAGUGUUUUCUUUACUAGUUUUCCGAUUCGGCAUAUAAACAAACCAGUAGUGCGUCGUGUACAAAGGAAAGGUAGCUAGGCGGGCACAGGUGGUGGACGGAAGGUGGCGCAAUAAAGAAAAUCAUGCAUCCGGAUCGCCGAUUGUAUCUUCUGGUGCUGUAUGUGUUCGCACUACAGCUCCGGACGUCGAUAGGAGGCAAUCCGCGCGACAGUGCCCAGGUCAGUGCCCGGAAUGUGGCGAGCAAUGGCACCAGCAGCAGUAGCAGCAGUAGCGUCAGAAGCAACAGUAGCACCAACAUUGCCUGUCGGGAGGAUGUGCUCGACCAAUGUCCCCCGAAUGCGUCAUGUGAUAAGGGUCAGUGUGUUUGUCUUUUCGGCUACAAGCUGAAUGCCGCGUAUCACGGGAAGAACGCCUCUGCCAGCAGUCCGCCGCCAGCCAUGCCUGUUCCGAGCACCAACGCUGCCUCCAUUACGUACUGUUUGCCGGACGAAACCGGCGCCAAAGCAACCUCCCUGCACGGAGGACCUGGCAGCAAUAGCAGCAAAGCGCCGGGCGACGGAGCUGCUGCCGAAGGAGAUGGUGGAAAGGCGGGACAGUUGCCCCUGCGGGAACCGGUCGCUGCUCAUCACAUCCUCGGUGGCGUGCUGAUCCCACUCGCCUUCGUCGUGAUACUGAUCGGCAGUGCCAUCCUCGCGAAGCGUACAGAUCUCUGGGCACGGCUACGGCAACGGUUCCUCGCGCACCGGAACCGCCACCGACGGCGGCCGGCCUACGAGGACGUGGUGCUAGGUAAUGAUUCCGAUGAUCCGCCUUUGAUCUAAAACGAAAGCAAACCGAACCCAACAACCACCAACCAGCAUCUUCUCUCUCUCUCUCUCUUCUCUCUCUUUCUUCUCUAUCCUUUCUUUUUCCUUGUGCCCCACUAAUUCCCUUCGCACCUCCGCACCUCACCCCCUACUAGUCACCCCGUCGGUAGAGCACCACGGUUGAGAGGUCGUGUCUCGGUGCAAGCAUGUCGUACUAGAGCGAGUGUGUGUAGCGGCUGUUCGAUGUGCUUAUUGGUAUUUUCUGUUUAGCGUAGAUUGUCUGUCCUCUAAUCCCCCUUCUCUCCCGUAGUACCACCACGGUAUUAUGUCCCUUCUGCUAACAAACCCUUCCAUAAUCGACGACUCAUUACCAUUAUGCGUAACCGAAAUAUCUCUCUCUCUUUCUCUCUCACUCUCUGUUCUCUUCUUUCACUGUUCCACAUCACAACUUCCUUUUCGUUACUAACGACCCCCCUUAAUCAACUAAACAAAACCAACAACGACCGACAACGACGAAUUGAUGAGAGCAGUGGGCUUUGAGCCACAGGCGGGCAGGCUUUGAGAACGCCAAAGAGAACAGUACCAUGCCGAAGGAAGGGUGUGCAUUUAAGUAGAUGUGCUUGUUUUUACAUUAUCGCCCCCUUAUCGAGCGCGAACUUGCUGCAACCUACGUUCCUUAACGAGAAGAAGAGCGCGAUCCCGCGGGGAGAUGUACUGAAGAAAUAAGUCUAAAAUCUAAGUCAUUGAGGCGCGGAGGAUGGUCGGAACCGAUCGCACACAUACGCACAACACCGUAAGAUAGUGGAGUAGAAGAUCGUAGCGAUGAGAAAUAGGGGGCAGAGGGGGAGGCAGAGGUACCCUGAUAAGAAGCUGGGAGCUGCAGCACGGGCAGAGGAUAAGAUAGAAUCUUGCCAAAUGGAAAAAAAAACAUAUUCUUAUUUGAAAGCGAAUUAGCAGUUAAGAGAAUUAUUGAAAACACAGUUGUGUUUGUCCAGUGGAAUUUGGCGUUGAAACAGCAGAAACCAAAUGUCUUUUUGAGGAAUUAGAUAGUGUAGCGUGUGUGUUUGAUCACACUUUCACCAAAAACAAAGAGAAUGGAAAGACGUGGAAGUUGUAAGAAUUUAGAGAAUGUCGAAGCGAACGAUCGAUAAGUGCGGAUAAGAGUGGAUAGUUUUAACUUCAAGGACCUCCAACGCCUAUUUUGGGCUACUUUGGGUUUGAUCUAAACCAUCAGCCUAGGAGGUCUCAGAGAUUUGCAUCAGAGAAUUUGAUCUUCCUUCCCGGAGGGCAUUAAAUAACAUUAAUAAACAAUAAUUUAGGACAUAGGAGUAAAAAAAAGAGGGUGAAAGUUGUAGCAUUUCGUACGAUAGGUUCCUUUUAGCUAUCGAAUGAGAUUAAAGGACUAACACGAGAGGAUAACGGGGAAUGUACAGUCAGUAUCAAAACGCACAGAAACAGAACAUGAACUCAUUACUAUAUGCAUUACAGAGGAGCAGCCAUAUCACUGCACGCAUCAGGGGGGACGAACUCGAAAAGGGACAAAAAUAAGAGAAGGAAUUGUAGCAUUUGAAGGCAGGCCGCACGAAGAUCUAUUACUUACACUCACCUAACUCGUGGUUUCUUCCCAUCCCCCUGUGCAUUUCCCAUAUCAUUAGGCGUAUUGUUCCUUAUUGUUUUUGUCACCCUUCUUUUGUUUACCCCUCUCUCGGUCGUUUCCUCAUCAUUUUGUUUGAUUACAUUUAAUGAGCCAUAAUUUUCGUCAUACCAAAAAUAUGUAUUCUGUGAUAAAUUUCAAUAAAUGUCUAUAUUUUUAAGACGGUAACAUUUUCGGAGUGCCAGCGCAAGGAAGAAAGGUUACCGAUUGUA